AUGGGGGCCGCCCCGACAGCUUUGGCGCUGCUGUGGCUGCAGCUCGCGUGGGUGGCGCUCGGGAAGGAGGUCUUCACGGGCAAGGCCACCACGUACGGCCUCGAGUCGGCGCUGGGUGGGAGCUGCAGCGCGCGCAUGGCGCCGUACGGCCUGAACUCGUCGCUCUUCGUGGCCAUGAACUACGACCAGUACUACGAGUCGUCCAGCUGCAGCCGCUGCUUGUCCAUCACGGGCGAGAGCGGCACCGUCACGGCCUUCGUGGCCGACUUGUGCUACGAGUGCGGCUACGGCAACCUGGACCUGAACACGGCGCUGUGGUACACGGUCGUGGGCGGGGACCCGCGCAUCUCGGAGAUCUCGUGGCACUUCACUCCGUGCCCCGACGAGCAGGAGAAGUUCUGCUGGAAGGAGGGCAGCAACCCGCAGUGGUUCGCGCUGCAGGUGCCCAACUCGCGGGACGGCGUCAAGGCCAUGGAGAUCAACGGCGUGGAGGGGGAAGUCAUCGGCGUCACCUCGUUCUACCAGGUCUCUCCGUCCGACGCCAUCGACCUGGAGCAUGUGGAGGUCAAGAUCACCUCCAACGAAGGAAUCACGUCCAAGGCGACGCUCAAGCCUGCAGACUACAACAACUGCCCCAUGACCGACGACUCCACUAGCCCCGCGGCGGGAGGUGGCACCAUCACGACGGUGAUCACGGACACGACCGGGGCGACCACGCACCUCACGGCGUGGCAAGCCUACAGGCGCCGGAGAGUACACUUCUUCUAG